GAACCACGGCAGCGAAGUAGCCUCUGCAGCCAGCAACCUGCGACGCAGCAAAGAGACCGCACAUUAUUCUCGAUAGACAACUGAGAUGAAACCGUCUGUAAUCAUCACACUGCUUGUCCUGGCCCUAGCCAUGCAGUGCAUUGCAAAGAAAAAGGAGCAACUUAUAAAUCAAGUAGCUCGGGAACUUCUCGGGCAGUGGAUAACCAAAGGGGUAGAGUUCAUGGGAUACCCGUGUGAACUUCAAGUGCAGCCUAGGUUCUCCUUCUGGACGCUAUACUACCAGUCCUCUUUCUUCUGCACCGGGUGGACGGCCAUCAAAGGCGAAGCCACGGCGCGCUGCAGACUAGGGUCAGCAGAGGAAGCCGUGCGGGAUUUCAUCAAAAAAGUUAUCAAGGGCGAUACCAUCAGACAGAUAGACGUGAGCAAGUGGUUUGAAGAACACAAGAAUGUAACUGGAACCCCUUAGCUUAGCUUAUCAUAUCUAUAUUAUAUAUGUGUGUGUGAGAGAGAGAGUGUGUGUGUGUGUGUGUGUCUGUAUGUGUGUGUGUGUGUGUAUGUGUGUGUGUGUGUGUGUGUGUGUGUGUAUGUACCUUAGCUUAGCUUAUAUCAGUAUUAUAUGUAUCAUAUAUAGUUAUAUGCAUAACUACAUAUAUCAAUUUAUGAAUAUAAAUAAUGUACUCUCAUGUUAUUAUCAUUAAUGCCAUUAUCAUACUGCAUUCUUUCGUAUAGUCAUACAUGUAUGACAGCCAUGUAGUUCUAAUCCUUGGGUAUUAACGGACCUUUAACUUAUAUUUAAACAAACUGUAUAAUCUCUAAAUAUCUAUUUGUUGCAAAUAAAAUUAUACAUCUGUA